AUGUCGUCCAAGGCCAUUCGCGAGUUUGACGCAAAGCUACUAUUGGCAUAUUGGCUGCCGCGUGCGCCUGCCUAUGCUGGAACCGAACCUGUCACGUCGACGUUUGUGUACCCCACGCCCAAGGUUGCCCAGAUCGCAUGGGACGCGGAGACGAAUACGGUCACACCAGACACUCAGCUGCCCCCAUGGGUCUCGACUGAAAAGCUAGUGGCCAAGCCAGACCAGCUGAUCAAGCGGAGAGGCAAGGCGGGCCUGUUGAGUCUCAACAAGGGCUGGGACGAGAGCAAGGCCUGGAUCGUUGAACGCGCCGGAAAGCCUGUCCAAGUCGAAUCUGUCACCGGGACCUUGAAUAACUUUAUCGUCGAGCCGUUCCUCCCCCAUCCCAGCAACACCGAGUACUAUAUCUGCAUUAACUCGCAGCGUGAAGGCGAUGAGAUCUUGUUUACGCACGAGGGAGGUGUCGACAUUGGAGAUGUCGAUGCCAAGGCUGCCCGAUUGACGAUCAAAGUCAACGCACCAUUCCCCCCUCGUGCAGACGUCAAGUCGAACCUUUUGGCCGCCGUCCCAGCCGAGAAGCAAGACACGCUCUACGACUUCCUUUCUCGCUUGUACUCGGUCUAUGUCGAUCUCCACUUUGCCUAUCUCGAGAUUAACCCUCUUGUAUGCCUCGACGCUACUCCCAACUCGCCUCCGACCAUCCAUUUCCUCGAUAUGGCUGCCAAGCUCGACCAAACCGCCGACUCGAUCUGCGCGCCCAAAUGGGCCAUUGCUCGCGACUUGUCCGUCUAUACCGAAACCUCGGCUGCGACUGCCGCACCGGGCGCCAAAAUCCAGCUCGACCGUGGCCCACCCAUGGUCUGGCCUGCUCCAUUCGGCCGUGACUUGACCAAGGAAGAAGCCUAUAUCCAAAAACUCGAUGGUUCCACCGGUGCUUCGCUCAAGCUCACCGUUCUUAACCCCAACGGACGCGUCUGGACCAUGGUCGCAGGUGGAGGUGCUUCGGUCGUCUAUUCCGAUGCUAUCGCCGCCCAUGGUUUCGCCCACGAACUCGCCAACUAUGGUGAAUACUCGGGUGCCCCCACCGAGGGCCAGACUUAUGAAUACGCCAAGACCAUCAUCGACCUCAUUACCCGUGGUACUCCUCAUGAAGACGGCAAGAUCCUCAUCAUCGGUGGUGGUAUUGCCAACUUUACCAACGUCGCUGCUACCUUCAAGGGUAUUAUUCGUGCUCUCAAGGCGUACAAGGCAGGCUUGCAGGCCCACAAUGUCAAGAUUUUCGUCCGUCGCGGUGGGCCAAAUUACCAGGAAGGUUUGAAGGCCAUGCGUCUCCUAGGUGAAUCUCUUGGUGUACCGAUCAAGGUCUACGGCCCCGAAACCCACAUUACCGAGAUCGUCCCUCUUGCAUUGGGCGUAUCCAAGCGCACACCCCAGACUGCCGCCAAUGUCAUCCACUCGGUAUCCGCCACCGCCCAGGGCUCCCCCAAGGGCGUCGCCAUCGAGGUCCCCGAUGCGGGCGUGGGCCAAGUCCGUCCCGAUGGUGGCCGCAACCAGCCCAACGACCAGAUUGUCCAUUUCGACGCGACGGCACCCAAGUCGGGUCGCCCCUCGUACCGUCCAUUCGACGCGUCGACUCGCUCGUUUGUGUACGGUCUCCAGCCGCGUGCGAUCCAGGGCAUGCUCGAUUUCGACUACUCGUGCGGUCGCGAGACACCUUCGGUCGCGGCCAUGAUCUAUCCCUUUGGCGGACACCAUAUCCAAAAGUUUUACUGGGGCACCAAGGAAACGCUCUUGCCUGUGUAUACGAGCGUCAAGGAGGCUGUCGAGAAGCACCCCGAUGCGGACGUCGUGGUCAAUUUUGCGAGCUCGCGUAGUGUGUUUGGAAGCACCAAGGAGAUUUUGCAGUUCCCCCAGAUCAAAGCUAUUGCGCUCAUUGCCGAGGGUGUUCCGGAGCGUCAUGCCCGUGAGAUCUUGCACGCCGCGCAGGAAAAGGGUGUUCUUAUCAUCGGACCUGCGACGGUAGGUGGUAUCAAGCCUGGCUGCUUCAGGAUUGGGAACUCGGGAGGUAUGAUGGACAAUAUCAUCGCUUCCAAGCUUUACCGCCCCGGCUCGGUCGGCUACGUUUCGAAAUCCGGAGGAAUGUCCAACGAACUGAACAAUAUCCUUUCGCUCGUCACCAACGGCACUUACGAGGGUAUUGCCAUUGGCGGAGACCGAUACCCCGGCACCUCGUUCAUCGACCAUCUCCUCCGGUACGAAGCCGACCCCGAAUGCAAAAUGCUCGUCUUGUUGGGUGAAGUCGGGGGUGUCGAAGAGUACCGCGUCAUCGACGCCGUCAAGGAGGGCAAGAUUACAAAACCCAUCGUUGCAUGGGCGAUCGGCACAUGCGCCAAGAUGUUUGCGACCGAGGUUCAAUUCGGACACGCCGGGUCGAUGGCCAACUCGGACAAGGAGACUGCCGACGCCAAGAAUGCGGCCAUGCGCGCGGCCGGGUUCGUCGUGCCCGAUACGUUCGAGGACCUCCCGUUGGUGCUGCAGCAGACGUACGAGAGCCUCGUUGCCAAGGGUGCGAUCGUCCCGUCGCCCGAGCGUGACCCGCCCGUGAUCCCGAUGGACUACAAGUGGGCGCAGGAGCUCGGGCUGAUUCGUAAACCGGCGGCGUUUAUUUCGACCAUUUCCGACGAGCGAGGCCAAGAGCUGAUUUAUGCCGGAAUGAGAAUCUCGGAUGUGUUCAAGGAGGAUAUCGGAUUGGGCGGUGUCGUUGCGCUCUUGUGGUUCAAGCGCAGGCUUCCCGCGUGGGCGACCAAGUUUAUUGAGAUGGUGUUGAUGUUGACCGCUGACCACGGCCCGGCCGUGUCUGGUGCCAUGAACACCAUUGUCGCCUCCCGUGCCGGAAAGGACCUCAUCUCGUCUCUGGCCUCUGGUCUUUUGACUAUUGGUUCCCGUUUCGGAGGUGCUCUCGACGAGGCUGCUUCCAUGUUCUCCAACGCUCGGGAUACCGGGUUGACCCCGCGUGAAUUUGUCGACGAGAGUCGUCGCGCGAACAAACUGAUUUCUGGUAUCGGCCACAAGAUCAAAUCGGUCAACAACCCCGACUUGCGCGUUGAGCUUGUCAAGGAGUACGUCAAGAAGAACUUCCCUUCGCAUUCGCUAUUGGACUAUGCUCUCGCGGUCGAAAAGGUCACCACCGCCAAGAAGGAUACUCUCAUUUUGAACGUCGACGGAUGCAUCGCCGUCUGCUUUGUUGAUCUCCUCCGUGACUCGGGCUCGUUUACUCGGGAAGAAGCAGACGAAUACAUUCGUAUCGGAACGCUCAACGGACUGUUUGUCCUCGGUCGCUCCAUUGGGUUCAUCGGACACCAUCUCGACCAAAAGCGCCUUCGCGCACCUUUGUACCGCCACCCCGCGGACGACAUCUUUAUCAACAUGCAGGACGUUUCGCAGCCGCGCGUGUUUGCCAAGAUGGGUUAG